GAAUAAUGCUUUAGCAUUGGGGAAGAAACCGAAACACUCAAAAUUUACAAUUUAACCCCACAUUGGAAACUUAUUAACUUCUGCGCUUUUCGUCGGCUUCAUCAAUCGUUGUUAUCGUCUCAUUAAAAUCUCAUCAGAGAUGGCGUUUUUGCUCAACAACAACUCGAUUUCAUCUUACCUCCGAUCUUCUUCCCAGAAGACGGAUGGUGGCGCCCUAGGUCAAUCCCGUCGAGGAUUCCAUGUGGAGCUAGGAUCUCGCGAGAAAGAUCUAUUGGCGGAUAAUGAUGCUUUGAGGAGAUUCAAGUCGCAUAAGAAAGGAGUGCGUCAGUUGAAAAGGAUUGGAGAUGUGAUCACUGUUGUCGUCGUUGCUGGGUGCUGCUAUGAGAUCUUUGCGAGAGCAACGAUGAAAAAGGAAGCUUAGGCUGCUUGAGGAAGCUCAUGAGUCCUCCCUCCUUAUAUGCUUUUAUCAUCAAUCUUCCCUUUUUAGCAAGUCUCUUGAAUUCAUGUUGGCUAUUGCUCAACGGCCUCUGAAUAAGUGAAUAAACGAAAGUAUUUGGUAUUUUGUUGUUUUCGAGAAACCCAAAUUGAUAUUCUAGAUGAAAUGGACCAGAAAGACUCCUUUGACUGGAGCCAUAAACUGUGUGUUUCUAAUAUCACAUCUUGUUGAUGAGUAUUUCAGUGGGAAUUAAAAC